GUGGUGCAGGACACCGUGCAGGUCUUCCAGCACGCCGUGCCCGCCGAGGGCAAGCCCGUCACCAACCAGAAGAACUCCGGGAGGUGUUGGAUCUUCUCCUGUCUCAAUGCCAUGCGUCUUCCCUUCAUGAAGAAAUACAACAUCGAGGAGUUUGAAUUCAGCCAGUCCUAUCUCUUUUUCUGGGAUAAGGUUGAACGUUGUUACUACUUUUUAAAUGCUUUUGUGGAAACAGCUCAGAAAAAGGAGCCUGUGGAAGGAAGACUGGUACAAUUCCUGCUCUCCAACCCCACAAAUGAUGGUGGACAGUGGGAUAUGCUGGUUAACAUUAUUGAAAAGUAUGGUGUUGUCCCCAAGAAAUACUUCCCGGAGUCUCAUACCACAGAGGCCACUAGAAGGAUGAAUGAGAUCUUGAAUCAUAAGAUGAGAGAAUAUUGUUUGCAGCUAAGAAAUAUGGUGGAAAUUGGAACAAUGAAAGGAGAGCUUUGUGCUGCAAUGGACACCAUGAUAGAAGAGGUAUUCAGAAUAGUGAGUACUUGUCUGGGCAGCCCUCCAGAGACCUUCUGCUGGGAGUUCCGGGAUAAGGAGAAGAACUACCACAAAUAUGGCCCUAUGACACCAGUCCAGUUCUACAACGAGCAUGUGAAGCCUUACUUCAACAUGGAGGACAAGAUCUGUCUGGUGAACGACCCUCGGCCUCAGAACCCGUACAACAGGCUGUACACAGUGGAGUACCUGGGCAACAUGGCAGGAGGGAGGAAAACCCUCUACAACAACCAGCCCGUGGAGGUCUUGAAAAAAUUAGCUGCAGCAUCUAUUAAGGAUGGCGAGGCUGUGUGGUUUGGCUGUGAUGUUGCAAAGCACUUCUAUGGCAAGCUGGGAAUCAAUGACCUGAAUAUAUUUAACCAUGAGCUGGUGUUUGGUGUGUCUGUCAAGAACAUGAACAAAGCAGAACGGUUAAUCUUUGGAGAAUCAAUGAUGACCCAUGCCAUGGUCCUGACAGCUGUCACUGAGAAG